GCAGCUCACGAAAAAGAAGCCCAAGCAUCAACUUCCAUUUCUUGAAAAAAAAUUAGCAAAAGCUUAAAUUUUUCCCUUCUAUUCUUGUUAAAGAGCAAAAUUAGGACUUAGAAAUCUUUCCCCCCUGUAGAAAAAUUUCAGAUCUGCUCUGUUUCUCCCCUUUUGUCUGUCCGCUGUUCUGCUGGGUGUGAAUCCUUCGGGAUUUUCGUUUUCAUGAUUUCUUCUCCAGUCUCCGUCGGCCUCCAUAACCGCCAGCUCCAGUUUUGGUUGCUGGAAAAAUUCUGGUUCUUGAUCCUUGGGGCACUUUAGUAGGUGGAUUGAGUCUUCGGUUUUAUGCGAGUGAGAAAGCGAAGUCAAGGACAGGAAAAAACAAGGGGAGUGACGAGUUAAAAGGCUAGCCAUCUUGUAAAUUGAACAUAAAUUUUAGAUACAAAUCAUGAUCUUGAUCAAAAAUAGAGGUAGAAGUGGAAUUUACGUCAUCUGUGAUAUCAUUUGCCACGAGACAUAUAUGAGCUUCCAUGUCACUUUCUUCUUUACUAGAAGAUGAGUCCUUACUACAACUCCAUCUCCCCAAAGCCCCCAAGCUGCCGACUUCCAUACUUGAAAGAAAAAUCGAAAUUCCAGAUCUGCUCUGCGUCUUCCUCCCUUUGCCGUCCGCGAGCUGCAGCUUGUGCGAAUUUCUGGGCAUUUUUCUGAUUCUUGAUCGUUCUGUCAGUUUAGCACUGAGAUCGAGUCUUCGGCUUUAUGCGAUUGAGGAAGCGAAACCGAGGAUGGGGAAAUCACGGGAAGUGACGAGUUAAAAGGCUAGUCAUUUCGAAAUUGAUAUAGAUUUUAGAAAUAAAUCAUGCUUUUGUAAGAUAUAUUUUACCUUGAAUUUAUGAGAUCAAAACAGAUUUUGGUCAUUAGAUCAAUUACUUGGAUUUAAGCCAUGUUGGAUAUAGAAAUAAAUUGAGAUGUUUGAU